CCCGUCGUCCGUCAGAGCCAGUCGACGGUUGCAAAUGGCGACAGCCACGAAGUCUCUGGCACGGGUCCGCGAAUAGCUCCACGCCUACCGUGCGCCCCGCGACCGAGCCGUGCGCGAACGCACAACCCCCAGCCCAGACCGGUAGUUUUAAGCAAACGAGGCAGAAUGCCGGCCGUCAGAGGAGAUGGUAUGCGUGGAUUGGCGGUGUUCAUAUCGGAUAUCAGAAAUUGUAAAAGUAAAGAGGCAGAGAUUAAAAGAAUUAAUAAGGAAUUAGCAAACAUUCGCAGUAAGUUUAAAGGAGAUAAAACACUUGACGGAUACCAGAAAAAGAAAUAUGUUUGCAAGCUGCUGUUCAUUUUCCUUCUUGGUCAUGAUAUCGACUUUGGACAUAUGGAAGCUGUCAAUUUACUUUCAUCAAAUAAAUAUUCGGAAAAACAAAUUGGUUACCUUUUCAUAUCAGUCUUGGUGAAUACCAACAGUGAUUUGAUCAAAUUAAUUAUACAAAGCAUAAAAAAUGAUCUUGGCUCGCGUAAUCCAAUUCACGUCAAUUUGGCGUUGCAAUGUAUUGCCAAUAUUGGUAGCAAGGAAAUGGCGGAAGCCUUUGGCAAUGAAAUUCCAAAACUGCUUGUCUCAGGAGAUACUAUGGACGUUGUGAAACAAAGUGCUGCAUUAUGCCUGUUACGGUUACUACGCACCGCGCCCGAUGUCGUACCUGGUGGUGAAUGGACGUCGCGCAUAGUUCAUCUGUUAAAUGAUCAACAUCUGGGUGUUGUAACGGCCGCGGCAUCGCUCAUAGAUGCUCUUGUAAAAAGAAAUCCAGAUGAAUACAAAGGCUGUGUUAGUCUCGCAGUUUCAAGAUUAAGUAGAAUUGUCACAUCAAGUUAUACAGAUCUACAGGAUUACACAUAUUACUUUGUACCAGCCCCAUGGUUAUCUGUCAAAUUACUACGCUUGUUGCAAAACUAUACACCACCAGCUGAAGAUCCAGGUGUGAGGGGCAGAUUAAACGAGUGUCUAGAAACAAUAUUAAACAAAGCUCAAGAACCACCAAAGUCGAAGAAAGUCCAGCAUUCAAAUGCGAAAAAUGCUGUACUCUUUGAGGCCAUUAGUUUAAUUAUUCACAACGACAGUGAGCCGAAUCUUUUAGUACGGGCGUGCAACCAACUCGGACAAUUUUUAUCGAAUCGCGAGACUAAUUUGCGAUAUUUGGCACUCGAGUCUAUGUGCCAUUUGGCUACCUCGGAAUUCUCGCAUGAAGCUGUAAAGAAACAUCAAGAAGUUGUCAUAUUGUCGAUGAAAAUGGAAAAAGAUGUUUCCGUGAGACAACAGGCGGUAGAUCUAUUGUAUGCCAUGUGUGAUAAAAGUAAUGCCGAAGAAAUAGUUCAGGAAAUGCUAAAUUAUUUGGAAACGGCCGACUAUUCAAUUAGAGAGGAGAUGGUCCUUAAGGUAGCAAUUCUAGCCGAAAAAUACGCGACUGAUUACACUUGGUACGUCGAUGUUAUUCUAAACUUAAUUAGGAUAGCAGGCGAUUAUGUCUCCGAAGAAGUUUGGUAUCGUGUUAUUCAAAUCGUUAUCAAUCGAGAUGAUGUUCAGGGUUAUGCUGCGAAGACCGUCUUCGAGGCAUUACAAGCGCCAGCUUGUCACGAAAAUAUGGUUAAAGUCGGCGGUUACAUACUUGGAGAAUUCGGUAAUCUCAUUGCUGGUGACUUGCGGUCUUCUCCAGCUGUCCAGUUCCAGCUCUUACAUUCCAAAUAUCAUUUGUGCUCUCCUAUGACCCGAGCAUUACUGCUUUCGACAUACAUAAAGUUCGUCAAUCUGUUCCCUGAGAUUCGAAGCCAGAUUCAAGAUGUCUUCAGGCAGCAUAGUAAUCUACGUAGUGCAGAUGCUGAAUUGCAACAGCGAGCAUCGGAAUAUUUACAAUUGAGCAUCAUUGCCUCAACUGAUGUUUUGGCUACUGUGCUGGAAGAAAUGCCGGCAUUCCCCGAGAGGGAAUCCUCCAUUCUUGCGGUUUUAAAGAAGAAAAAACCGGGUCGAGUACCGGAGAAUGAAAUUAGAGAAAGCAAGAGCCCAGCACCGAACACUAAUCACCACACUGAAGCUCCUACUACUGUUACUGUCGCAGCAGUUAACAAUUCCUCCGCCGAUCUACUAGGACUGUCAACCCCACCUUCCUCUCAACCGUCUAGUAACACAGGCGUACUACUUGAUGUUUUGGGGGAUAUCUACAAUAUGCCAAAUAAAGUCGGUGCUACCAAUGGUACCCAAAAUACAUACAAUCCUAAGAAGUUUGUUUGUAAGAAUAAUGGUGUCUUAUUCGAGAGCGAUUUGAUACAAAUCGGUGUAAAAUCAGAAUUUAGGCAAAAUCUUGGGCGCAUAGGCCUUUUCUAUGGAAACAAAACACAGUACGCAUUACACAGUUUUCAGCCACAGCUAUCUUGGACAGAUGAGAAUCAAGCAAAAUUAGCCGUACAAGUAAAACCUGUUGAUCCUAUAUUGGAGGCUGGCGCUCAGAUCCAGCAAAUGAUCAAUGCAGAAUGCAUCGAUGACUUUAAUGAUGCGCCGAGCAUGAUUAUCUCUUUCAUUUAUAAUAACGUGCCACAAAAAAUCACAAUGAAGUUACCAUUAACAAUUAACAAGUUUUUCGAACCGACGGAGAUGAAUGGGGAAUCAUUCUUCGCAAGAUGGAAAAAUCUUGGCGGGGCGAAUCAACAACGAUCGCAAAAGAUUUUCAAAGCGCAGCAACCGAUGGAUUUAGCACAAGUACGUACAAAAUUACAAGGUUUUGGAAUGCAGUUGCUUGACGGUAUCGACCCGAAUCCUGAUAACUUUGUCUGCGCCGGUAUCGUUCAUAUGAGAGCGCAGCAAGUGGGUUGCCUGUUGCGUCUUGAGCCUAAUAAGCAAGCCCAGAUGUUUCGUUUAACAGUACGUUCAAGUAAAGAAUCAAUGUCGGUAGAGAUCUGUGACCUGCUGGUGGACCAAUUUUAAACGGCCUAGCAGGCGUAAAUGUCAUCGAGAAAUUAGUACUGUGUCGUGAGAGGACAUAUCAUUAUCGAAAGAGGAUGUCAUUCUCGCGCAUCGUUUAAAAAGAUACUGAUGACUAUUUAUUAAGACACAUUUGCGUUGUACCCAAGCUUACACUCAUAACGCUCUUGUAUGAAAUCUAUAUCUUUGUGUAGGUAGUUUUGUGUCACUAUAUAUUGUUUUAUCGAAGAGACAUAUAUCUCAAUCAGAAUUAUCGAAAUCAGUCACGUACAGAAAGAAAAAACAACAUAUAUAUAAGCUGGCUAUGAUAAACAGUAUUAUCUCAUAAUUGAAGAUAUGUGUAGAUUUGUUUUAUAUGGAUCUAUACCUUAUAUUACAAUCUAUACAAUUUAUGCAAAUGAAAUGAGAAAAAGUGAAACAGAGAAGAAAAAAAA